CAACCUAAUCACCAACUUCUUCAGUGGAUAAGAUCACCAAGUUGAGGGAGAGUUUUUGAGAUCCAGUAAAAAGUCAGAGAACAAAAGAGGUGCAAGAUGAACACCAUGAAUCCCAAGACCGAAAAUAUUCUCCCUGCUUCAUCUUUCUACUCUGAUGAUGUCUUUGCCACAUUUGUGGCACCACAACAAGUUGCAGAGGUAAAACAAAGACGAAGACGCCGUAAGAGCAAGGGAGGGGAAAAUGGGCUUUCUAGGAAGAGGAAGCUCACAGCUGAGCAAUUGCAUCUUCUGGAGGAAAGUUUUGUGAGCGACCAAAAGCUCGAGACGGACCGCAAAGAAGUACUGGCUUCCCAGCUGAAUCUUGACCCUCGCCAAGUUGCUAUCUGGUUUCAGAACCGGCGGGCCCGGUGGAAGACCAAGAAGAUUGAAGAAGAGCUCGCACAAAUACAAACUUCUCACCAGAGUAUCUUGUUAGAUAAAAUGCGCCUAGAGUGCGAGGUGGUGAUGCUAAGACAGGAGCUUUCUGAAGCUCAGGCGAGGAUCCAAGAAUUGACAGAGCUUCCCAAUGAUGCAAUAUCAAGCAGCAGUCCGUUUGCAAGUAGAGUCUCAAUAGAAACCAUAAACUCUCCAUUAUUCAAGGAAUUUGGCGUCGAAACAUACGAUGAUAUAUUCUAUGUGCCACCAGAAAGCUCAUCAAGCGAUUACAAUGAGGGCUUUGAUUAUGUGUUAUUGUUUGAUUAAGAAAAUUAAUCAUAUGUGUGUAUGUAUUAAGUUAGGAUUAAGCAGUGUAGAUAAUUAAUGACUAUCCAUUGUAACUAUAUCCCUGUGUUAGCCUUUUAGUGUUUGCUUUGACUAUAUGUACAUUAACUACAAAACUUAUAUGAAUGGAAGCCAGUGAUUAUUGUGGGGUAAA